AUGGUCAAAACAGUCUCGAUCGAGGUACCGGGGGAGUCCAACCCAUUGAGUUUACAGAAUGUCGUGAACUCUUUGGUUUUGGCCGCAAGCUCGAGUCAGCAGCAGGUCCAGACGGGUACCACGCAGCUGCAGAACUGGGAGCGGAUCCCUGCAUACCAUGCCUUUCUUCAGGAUGUUUUUUUGGACCACUCCGCCCCUAAUGAAGUGCGAUAUCUCUCCAUCAUUCAACUGAAGAACGGAAUCGACAAGUACUGGCGCAGAACAGCGGCAAAUGCGAUUGAGCCGGAGGAGAAAAACAAGAUUAAGACGAGAGCUCUGGAUGCUGGCAUCGUUGAGCCAUCUCGCCCGCUCGCUCUUCAGAAUGCGCUGAUGAUCGCCAAAAUCAUGCGCUAUGAAUUCCCGCAAGACUGGCCCGAUGCGAUGACCGCUAUCAUCAACUCCCUCCGUAACGGAUUCCAAGCCGGUGCGAACCCACUCCAGGUCCCUCGGACUCUCCUCAUCCUCCUACAAGUCAUCAAAGAGUUAUCAACUGCCCGAAUUCGGAGAACCCAGCUUCAUCUCGCUUCCGCUGCACCUGAGAUAUUUCAUGUCGUGGGCAAAAUUUAUAUGGACAAGGUGACUCAAUGGGCAGGCAUUCUGGAGCACGGCGGAUCGGAUGAAGGGGCGCUUUCAGAGGUGACCGAACAAAGUCUCAUUUCCCUGAAGUGCCUUCGUCGCCUAAUGAUCUCGGGAUUUGAGCACCCCGGUCGCGAUCGGGAUGUGCAACAAUUCUGGGAGUUGACGAGCGAGCACCUGAACAAAUUCUUGGCGUUUGUUGACCAGCCGGGUCGACUACCCGAAUCGGUUCAUACGAUGGUCGAGAAGCACAUUUUGCAACUAUCAAAACUGCACGUUGAGAUGGCAAAGAACAAGCCCGCAUCAUUCGCUUUAUUCUCUAACUCAAUAGACCUUGUCAAUGCCUACUGGGCAUUUGUUGUCAAGUUAAGCCCGAACUAUGUCAACCUUGGAUCCGAUGCCGAGGCUGAUGGGCAAUCCCUGCCCGAGAAGACUGCCCUGCGGGCUCUUCUUUUGAUUCGAGCGUGCUCCAAGAUGGCCUUCAACCCAGCUCAGACUUUCAAAUACCAGACAGCGGAAGAUAAGGAGGAGCGAAAGCAAUCUGUGGACAAAAUAAAGUCUCAGCUGUUUACCCAGGAGUUUGUGGUCAGUGUCAUGGAGCUCAUUGUCACUCACUUGUUCCGUCUAAGAAACGUUGAUUUCCAAGAAUGGGAAGAAGACCCAGAAUCCUGGGAGAAGCGGGAAGUCGAUGCCGAUGCAUGGGAGUAUUCCAUCCACUCUUGUUCAGAGAAACUUUUCCUUGACCUCGUCACCCAUUUCAAAGACUGGCUCAUCAGCCCUCUAUUGAAUGUGUUUCAAUCCUUUGCCAGUGAGUAUCUGAUAAGCAAACAUAUUACGUGGAGUAUACUGAUCAUGUCUGCAGCUACCGAAAAUAAGAAUGUCAUGCUGAAGGAAUCGUUAUACUCUGCCAUCGGCUUGGCAGCUGCCAGUCUCGAACAGCAUUUGGACAUCAAUGCAUUCCUCCAAAAUACCAUGAUCCCCGAAGUCCAGAUUCAAGAACAGGAAUAUAGACUUCUUAGAAGACGGAUAGCUCUCGUCCUUGGUCAAUGGGUGCCCAUUAAGUUCGCUGAUAUGAACAUGGAGUCUGUCUACCAGAUCUUUCAACACUUGCUCAACAAAGAUGAUCCAUUGAAUGACCUGGUCGUUCGCAUUACCGCAGGACGUCAGCUCUGCAACGUUCUCGAUACAUUCGAUUUCAAGAUCGAAACAUUCCUGCCGUUUGCUCAGCCGAUCCUCGCAAGUCUCAUGUCACUCAUGCAAGAGGUUGAAUUGUCUGAUACAAAGAUGGCAUUGCUAGAAUCGGUCCGGGUCAUCGUCGUCAAGAUGGAACAACAUGUUGUGAUGCUAUCCGAUAGUAUCCUCUCUCCCCUUCCGCAGGAAUGGGAGAAGUCCGGCGAAGAACAUCUCUUGAAACAGGCGAUUCUUACCCUCCUCACAUCUCUGAUCCAUUCGAUGAACCAAGAAUCCGUGCGAUACCACCCGAUGAUUCUUCCUCUUAUACAAAGCUCCAUUGAUACAGGUUCCGAAACCCAUCUAUACCUAAUGGAUGAAGCAUUAGAGCUCUGGGCGGCCGUCAUCAUGCAAACACCGUCGCCACCUUCUCCCGAAAUUCUCUCGCUCUUCCCUGCCCUCUUUCCGAUUUUGGGAGAGGGCACAGAAAGCGUGGGUCAAGCUCUCGAAAUCGUGGAAAGCUACAUUCUGCUUUCACCGCAAACUCUCCUCAGUGACGAAAUUCGAUCAAAGCUUUUAUACUGUCUUCACAGCCUUCUUGAGCCCAUGACGAAACAGCGAUCCGGCGUUAUACCCCGUCUUGUUGAAAGACUUAUUCGUGGCGUGGAGACAGUUGAUGGCGGAAGCGAGACCGCCUAUAAUGCCAUUGCUCAGUCUCUCCUCGAAACAAACAUGCUUCAAUCCCUUCUCAAGGGCCUAUACAGUGCCCACGAAGCUAGCCAAACAACCGGACCUAAUAGGAAGAGAUCCGACGUGGAUGGCAAGGUCGAAACGGAAUACUUUUCCUCCAUUGCUCGUCUUGCUCUCGCUAACCCUACACUAUUUGCAUCCGCAGCAACGGCUGCGACCUACCAGGCCGAAGAGGAAUUAUUCACCUGGCUUCUCACGGAGUGGUUCUUCCAUUACGACAACAUCGCCUCCGCCAGCCAAAAGAAGCUCCACGUCCUCGCCUUGACCCAACUCCUUGCCCUCAAGGGCCCCGCCUCCGCCCCGCCCCCCCUUCAUCCUAAAGACUACCUCACCGUCUGGAGCGCGCUUGUCGUUGAACUAGCGGAGGGUGGAACCGACGAGAAUGCCGACUAUCUUGUCUGCUGGAACGCGCCCGCAGGCUCCGAGACAGCCCAACCCGAACACUCAGGCGUUGAGAAUGCCGAAGAUCGUCGCCGCCGCGAAUGGAACGAGUCGGAUGCCAUCCAUCGCUUCCCAAUCCGCGACUUCGUGCGUCAUCGCCUGCAGGAGGUCAUUACUACAUGUGGUGGUGCGCAGCGGUUCCAAGAGGAGUGGCUGGUCAAUGUUGAUUCGGAGGUGGUGUCGGCUUUUGGUGGGUUGGGCCUGAUUUAA